AUGGGCUCGCUAUCUGCUGUUCAUGAGCAGAUUAAGUACCCUUCUGCUCGACGUGAUGAAGCUGUUGUUGAUGAUUAUCACGGUGUAACGAUUACUGACCCUUACCGAUGGCUUGAGGAUCCAGAUUCAGAGGAAACCAGGGAGUUUGUGGAAAAGCAGGUGGAAUUAACAGAUUCCGUGCUUAAAACAUGUGAAACGAGAGAAAAGCUCCGCAAAGAACUUACUGAAAUGUUUGAUUUUCCGAAGUAUGAUACUCCGUUUAGGGCCGGUGAUAAGUUCUUUUACUUCCAUAACUCCGGUUUACAACCUCAAAAAGUCCUAUACAUUCAGGAUAGUUUGGAUGGACAACCGGAGAUUUUGCUUGAUCCAAAUACACUAAGUCAGGAUGGCACUGUGUCAUUGAGAAUGUGUUCAGCUAGUGAGGAUGCCAAGUACUUGGCCUAUGGCAUUAGUACGAGUGGAAGCGAUUGGGUUACCAUUAAAGUUAUGCGGAUUGAGGAUAAGAUUGUUGAGCCUGAUACUGUUUCAUGGGUAAAGUUUUCUAGUAUUAGUUGGACACAUGAUAGCAAAGGUUUUUUCUAUAGCCGUUAUCCAGCUCUGAAGGAUGGAGCAACGUUGGAUGCUGGGACAGAGACAAGUGUUAAUCUACACCAUGAGCUGUAUUAUCAUUUUUUAGGCACGGAUCAGUCUGAAGAUAUCUUAUGUUGGAAUGAUCCCGACAAUCCUAAACAUACUCGGACAGCAUCAGUGACCGAAGAUGGGAAGUAUGUUCUCUUAUACACUUUUGAAAAUUGUGAUCCUGUCAAUAAAAUUUAUUACUGUGACCUAUCAGCACUGUCUAAUGGGCUUGAAGGUUAUAAGGGUAAAAAAGAAUUGCUUCCCUUUGUCAAGCUUGUUGAUAAGUUUGAUGCUUCUUAUGAUCAUGUUGCAAAUGAUGACACCGUUUUCACAUUUCGGACUAAUAAAAAUGCUCCAAAAUACAAGCUAGUCCGAGUUGAUCUGAAUGAUCCCAGCUCGUGGAUUGAAAUCCUCGAUGAAAAUGAGAAAGAUGUGCUUGAAUCAGCUGUGGCCAUCAAUGGAAAUCAAAUGGUUGUGAAUUAUUUGAGUGAUGUAAAGAAUGUUUUGCAGUUAAGGGACUUGAACACAGACGCCGUGGUCCCAGAUUUGAGAAUAUUCCGAGAAAUUUUUGUGCCUGGAUUUGACCGGACAGAGUUCGAAGUCAAUCAGGUUUUCGUGCCUAGUAAAGAUGGCAUUCAGAUACCAAUGUUUAUAGUCGCCAGAAAGGAUAUUUGCCUGGAUCAAUCUCAUCCUUGUUUAUUGUAUGGAUAUGGUGGUUUUAGUGUCAGUCUUACACCAUAUUUUUCCGUGAGCCGUGUUGUGAUUGCAAGACAUUUAGAUAUUGUCUUCUGCAUGGCAAACAUUCGUGGUGGUGGAGAAUAUGGAGAAGAAUGGCAUAAAGCAGGUGCACUUGCUAAAAAGCAAAAUUGCUUUGAUGACUUCAUUUCUGCUUCUGAAUAUCUCGUCUCUGCUGGUUAUACCCAGCCCAAAAAGUUGUGUAUCGAAGGUGGAAGCAAUGGCGGGCUUCUUAUUGGGGCCUGCAUCAAUCAGAGACCCAAUCUUUUUGGCUGUGCUCUUGCUCAUGUUGGUGUAAUGGAUAUGCUAAGGUUCCACAAGUUCACAAUAGGCCAUGCAUGGACAUCUGACUUUGGCUGUUCAGAGAAUGAGGAAGAGUUCCGUUGGCUAAUCAAGUACUCGCCCCUGCAUAAUGUCAAGAGACCAUGGGAUGAAUCUGCUGAUAAGGCCACUCAGUAUCCACCCACCAUGUUAUUGACAGCCGAUCACGAUGACCGGGUUGUGCCACUGCACUCGUUUAAGUUCCUGGCAACCAUGCAAUAUAUUCUAUGCACAAGCUUAGAGAGAAGUCCUCAAACGAACCCGAUUGUCAGUCGAAUAGAACGGAAGGCUGGGCAUGGAUGUGGACGUCCAACGCAGAAAUUGAUUGACGAAGCUGCGGACAGAUAUGGGUUCAUGGCAAAGAUGCUGGAUGCAUCCUGGAUUGAUUAG